AUGAGUGAAAAAACCGAAAAAACGGAAGAAAAUGAGGCGGAAAAGAUUCGAAAAGUUAACGAACAGAUCGAUGAACACAUCAAAAUAUUCGAGGAUCCAGCGGCGACGUUCGAGGAAAAAAUGCGAUUUUUGGUGGGGAUUCCGAAGGAAAUUCAGCAUAAUCUACUCAACAAGGAGCGAGCCGAUCGUCUAUUCGGGUGUAUUCCACCGGAGAUGUAUAUGCGGGUUUUCGAUCAGAAACAUGUCGAAUAUGAGUAUGCCCGUCCCAUUGUCAUCCACAUUCUCGCCUACGUCGUCCAAUGCACGUCUCCAGAAGUGCAUCGAAAAUUCAAACCAGUCAUGCAGUCGCUCGUCGACUCACUCUCUCCACGUAUCUGUAAAAUUCAGCAGACGUCUCUCAUGCAUACGGAUGCGGCGACUGUUGUGUGCACUUGGGCUGAUUCGAGAGGCGACGGAAAGGCAGUUUACGACUUGCUCCGCCACACGACCGCCCAUUUCAAUGGUCAGAAACAGAUGCUCGACGUCGGACAAUUCUUGAUGGCUACUAAUAUUCUGAUUCUCAGAGUCUUCUUCCUUGCACCCUUGGAGAAUCCAGACUCAUUCGACAACCGCUGCUGGCCCAUCGGAAUUCUCUCAAUCGUCCGUCGUCUUCUUCAGGAGAAAGUGGAGAAAUUCACGAAAGAACUCCGUCAUUUAAUGUGGGAAGUGAUCAGUUCGAUGACGAGAAUCGGUGGAAUCACCUGGUUUAACUAUGAUAAAACGUUCGCCAAAUUGGUGAUUCAGAUGAAUCACGUCGAAUUGCAAAUGUCACUUCACGAUGUCGACAGUCUCGAUGUUGUUGGGUUUAUACGGCAUUUGAGGGUUUUGGAGCUAUACACCAACGCGAUCUGCGAUAGCGAGAUGUUCGGAGAGGAGGGAAUGGAGAUAAUCCCGCAUACGGUUGGUGACUCGACACGGUACAUAAUGACAUUCUGGGUGGAGACGUAUCUCCAGAAGAUUGCUCUCCCCGUCCAACUCUCAAUUUCAAUAUUCCACUUUGCCAUCUUCCUUUUCUGCCACGAAGAGCUCACAAUUGCCGAGGAGAAAGUGAGAAAGAACUUCGGACCCGUGAUGAUCGAUACGGCGUUUUCGAUUCUCGACGAGGUCACCGAACCGGAUUUACGCGGAGAAAUUGGACAACUCUUUGCUGAUAUGUUGGAGAGAUUGUCGGAAUUCGAAUUGUUGAAUGAUAGAGUUCCCGUUUUCAUUAUGAAGUAUUUGGAUAAAGUGAGAAUCUCAGAGGAUUAUGAUGGAUGGAAGGGACGUGUCAUUGAUUGCAAAUGUUGCAUAAUGGAUCUCCGUGGCCGUGUCGACUGGUACAGCAUCAAAUCACUCCAGGAGGCAAAGGAAUUCCUUCCUCGAUUCACCGAUCCGGAACAACACGAACUCAGUCAUCUAUUCAAGAUAUUUGACGUCUUGCCACGUGUCAAAUGA